AUGCUGGACUUCCUUUUGGAAUUCUUUGAGGCUCACCCGGAGCUCAAGACCAACAAUUUCAUCGUCAGCGGGGAGUCUUACGCGGGCCACUAUGCGCCCGCCGUCGCCAACCGCGUGUACCGCGCGAAGGAGCUUGGGGAGGGCGAGCCCAUCAACCUGAAGGGUGUUGCCAUCGGCAACGGGCUGACAAUGCCUGGCAUCCAGUUCGGCGCGUGA